GUAAGUAGAGGGAGCGCGGCGGAGGUAGGAGCUCCAGCACACCGAAGCGCGCUGAUGGUCCACCGCACGCCGUGAGCAAAAGUUGGAGGCACCGUCGAGCGUUCCGGCUCCGAGCGGAGAGAAAAACACGCGGGGUUCUCUUGCGGGAAAACACGGAUUUGUAAACGUUUUACGGGCGUGCGGACGUUUUCCGACGUGUCUGUGGACGCGUGGCGUGGGAUCCGGGAGCUGAGAAUCCCAUGAGAGACGCGCGAGCAAGUCGUGAGGCGCGCGGGAGGGAGCGUACACGUAUACAUAGACGUACGCGCACCUGUACACGUACACGUUUAAGUUCACGUACCCGUACCUGACUUUGCUUCCGGAAUGCGAACAUUUGCCCACAAGAUCUGAGCAAAUCUUAUAAGGAAGUGCCUACGAAACGAGGGAAGCCCGUAAACGUUACGGCACGCACAACUGUUCACGUACACGUACCUGGACCUGCUUCCGAAAUGUGGGACGGGAGGACAUCCGUCCGUGAGAUCUAAGUAAACUUGGACGAAAGGAAUUGUGUUACAGACCUACAAAACGAGAGUGUCCGAUACGUUCCGUCUCAAGCUCAUCGCGAUGUCGGCGCUGCGGAAGAAGUUCGGGGACGACUACCAGGUGGUCACCACGUCCUCAAGCGGCACCGGCUUCAACCCGGCGGCGGCCGAGAAGAAGAAGAAGCGGCAGCGCUUCGUGGACAAGAACGGCCGCUGCAACGUGCAGCACGGCAACCUGGGCAGCGAGACCAGCCGUUACCUGUCCGACCUCUUCACCACGCUGGUGGACCUCAAGUGGCGCUGGAACCUCUUCAUCUUCAUCCUCACCUACACGGUGGCCUGGCUCUUCAUGGCCUCCAUGUGGUGGGUGAUCGCCUUCAUCCGCGGCGACCUCGACCAGGCGCACGACGACAAGUACACGCCGUGCGUGGCCAACGUCUACAACUUCCCCUCGGCCUUCCUCUUCUUCAUCGAGACCGAGGCCACCAUCGGCUACGGCUACCGCUACAUCACGGACAAGUGCCCCGAGGGCAUCAUCCUCUUCCUCUUCCAGUCCAUCCUGGGGUCUAUCGUGGACGCCUUCCUCAUCGGCUGCAUGUUCAUCAAGAUGUCGCAGCCCAAGAAGCGAGCCGAGACGCUUAUGUUCAGCGAGCACGCCGCCAUCUCCAUGCGGGACGGCAAGCUGACCCUCAUGUUCCGGGUGGGCAACCUCAGGAACAGUCACAUGGUGUCGGCACAGAUCCGCUGCAAACUUCUCAAAUCUCGGCAGACUCCUGAGGGAGAGUUCCUCCCUUUGGACCAGCUGGAGCUGGACGUUGGCUUCAGCACAGGAGCAGACCAGCUCUUCCUAGUGUCUCCUCUGACCAUUUGCCAUGUGAUCGACUCGAAGAGCCCGUUCUACGACCUCUCACUCAGGUCCAUGCAGACUGAGCAGUUUGAGAUUGUCGUGAUCCUGGAAGGCAUCGUGGAGACCACCGGCAUGACAUGCCAGGCCCGCACCUCAUACACGGAGGAUGAGGUCCUGUGGGGUCACCGUUUCUUCCCAGUCAUCUCUCUGGAGGAGGGCUUCUUUAAGGUGGACUACUCGCAGUUCCACGGCACCUUUGAGGUCCCUACUCCCCCCCACAGCGUCAAAGAGCAGGAGGAGAGUUUGCUGCUGUCUUCGCCCCUUACUGCCCCCUCGCUGUGCCAUAGCACUGGCGGCCUUACUGAGGGCAGCGGGACUCUAGAGGGUCUGGAGCUGCAGAGUGAUGCAGAGACCGCAUCAGUCAACAUGACUGCCCCGCUGGGGAGCACCAAGCUCCCGGCCAAACUGCAGAAGCUGACCGGCCGGGACGGAGGCGGACGAGAUGGCAUGCCCCGCAAGCUGCUGCGCAUGAGCUCCGAAAUCACUUACAACCUGGGAGACCUACCUGUCAAGCUCCAACGGAUAAGCUCCGCCCCCGGCGUGGCUGAAGAAAGGUUACCACCGAUCAGCUCCCUCCUCAGCCCCACCGAGGACAAGCUGCCUUCCAAACUAGGGCUGGUUGGCGGGAUCGAACCCAUCAGCCAGUCGGUGACAGACCUGCCCCCCAAGCUGCAGCGGUUGGCUGGUGGGGUAGGAGGGGUCGGGAUUGGAGGGAGAAUGGACGGUCACCUGCCGCCCAAACUCCGGAAGAUGAACUCGGAGAGGUUUACGGGGUUAAGUCUGAAAUGAACUGACUUGCCAUUUACCUCCUUUGUAAUCACGAAAGAAUAAAAAGGACAAUGAUGUUAAAGCGAUACUUCAGAAAAUUACAUUCACACAAUUUUGCCCUUAGCCCAGAUGUGGUCAGUGCGCCUGGACAUGUUUGGUGUCUGAAUUUUGCUUUAUUUAUCUUUUGUACUGGAGCUAAAAGCCUAAUGAAGCUGGCGAGUAAUGGGAGCGUAAGCGGGCAGUGUGCUUGAGAUGACUGCUGUACAUGCUGUCGUAACUUAUUUCAGUUAUUUUUAAAGAUGUUCUAAGUGAAAAUAAGUGAACAUGUCCUCUACACUUCUGCACAUUUAAUGCACAAUUACUGGUUAUGUGCUGAAUUUAACAUAAAUGGAAAGAAUAAAAAAACACAGUGUGACCUGUGUAAUAUGUUAAACUCAGCAAAUAAAUAGAAAUUGUGCACUAAAACUGAAACUGAGUUUCUUCCCUGAGGAGGACGUCUUAACUUAUUUUCACUUAGAAAAUCAGCAAAGCAUGUGAUUUGACCAGGGCUCAAACUUUUGCAUAUGACUGCAUGUAAAAACUGUUUAAGUUUCAAAACCAUCCACUUCCCAGCCAUACAGCCCUUAUAUGAAACCUAAGCUGCAAAAACAACCUGUUUUGGAAGGAUUGUUUCUGUGAUGUCACAAGAACCAACUCAUUUACAUUUAUCCUCUACUCACCCUACAGCCGUUUAGCUCCGCCCAUUCACACUGACGCUCUAAGAAGCGUUUCAGCCCUGAGUGCUUUCUGAAUGAGGCCCAGCCAGUCAGAAUUUGUCUUAUAUUCGUCUUAAAGGCGCAGUAACAACCUGUUAAAUUCUUAGGGAUGAAGAGAGAUUGGAAAUUUUUCAAGUAUAAAUGAUUUGCCAAGAGAAAAAGCUCACUUUGAUGUAGGCCUGAUGUCACACUCUUCUUCGGAAUUGGGUCAUUUCCCUCAAUGAAUAAACGACCAAGCCAAAUAUUUUUCUCUCAUAUGUUUAUUUUGGUUCUCUUUAUCUACCAUUAGCUAAAAUCUGAUGAAAUAUUAGGUCAAAUUUAUAUAGAAAUACCGAAAAUUCUAAAGGGUUCGCAAACUUUCAAGCACCACUGCAUCUAAUGGGUCCAUUUUCUGGUGCUAAAGUAGAACCUUUGUUAACGGUUAGCUGCAGAGUAAAGAGAGUCAUUUCUUAGCCGCUGGUGCUCAGUGCUGUUAUUUGUGGUUAGGGCUCUUCUCAACCAAUCAGAUUGUGCCAUCUGAAAGAAAUGGGGCUGUGUUAAAGUUAGAAUAUUGCUUGUACUUUUUUAUAGAUAAUAGUGUGUAAUACAGUGUCAGAAACCUCAGACACAAGUGUGGUGACAUUAACAAGUCAGCAAGGCUUAGGCAUGCAGGUUUGCACAAUGCUAACUGGUGACUAUAAGCUUCCAUAGUUUGUUAGCGACAUUAGCCUUGUAGCCAAACUAAAGAAGCCAACUUCAGACACCAAACAUGUCUUGGCCGAUCGACGGCGUCUGCCCUAAUGCGAAAACUGUGUGAUUUAAUUUUUGUUUUGAAGCAUCACUUUAAAUACGGAACAUUUUAUAUAUGAAUAAUAUUAACCUGAUAUUCCUCAGCACAAUCUGGCAUGUUUUUCCACCAAGAGCAUGAACUAAUGACACAUAUUUAACAGAUGAUUAAUACAAAACGCAUUAUUUAUCAGUGUUUGUCAAGGCCUCAGCUUAUAGCCUCAUAGUCCAUAGUCUACAACUUCUUGUGAGGGCUUUGCUACUCUUAAAAUAGUAUGUUUAUGUUAAAGCGUUACGACAUCUCGAUAUCGUUAUCCGAGUGGGUUUGAGUUUUGGUGAAGGACAGUUCGCUCCAUGUUCAAAUGUUCUUCUCUGCUCCGCAGUUCAUGGUAACAAAAGCAAAAAGUCAGCGGCUUCUGUUGCGCCUGAGUUUCCCUGCAUCCACACCGUGUUCUCGGCCCUCUACACGGCAGCACAGAGAUGCAGUAGAAUUUGACGUCCACCAGCCACUUCCAAGGAACGGACUCACUUCGGACAUUCCAGUGUUUUCCCCACAACCCCCUCAGGCUCCUGCGUUUCUUCUCUUGCAUGUUCAGUAUCUUAUCGUUUCAUAACCAAAAACAGAUGACUUCGAAUCAAAGAAUAAGCCUUAACUUCUAAUGAGUUUCUACACUGUAUGACGUGUCGUUAAUGAUUGUUUUCCUCUGUUUACUGUGUGACAGGGCACGGAAAGAUGGGGUGUACUUUCUCCCACCGUGAUGGGGUGCUUUAUUGUCCCUAGCAGACGGACAAGGUGUAAAUUGAGAGGAGAACAGAAUGAUUGUGUUUGUUUACCACUUUAAAAAAAGAAAAGAAAAAAAUAACCUUGUAAUGCCAUUGUUAAAGAUUUUGUGUUUGAAAACUGAAGCAAUAAUUGUUCGGAAUUUGCUGACACAUUUGAUUGGACAAUCUUGUACCUGUGUUAACGUUAACGUUCGGCGAUUUUGCAGGUUUUCAGUUUGACUCAAUACAUUCAGAGCAACUUCUAACCAAAACUGAAUGUGCGUAGUUUAUAAAUAUUUUAAUAAAUGCACAGCACAAGUGUCGGUUGGUUAUAAAGGAAGGUCACUGAUUGGAUGGGCUCUGGGUA